AUGAGCAGUGGAAACCCCGGGAUGCUCCCUCAUGUGGUGGUGAAAAUGCUGCAAGAGGAGUGUGUGUGUCCUCUUCACUCGAAGUGCAGCUGGGCUGAGGGCAGCAAACCAGCAUGGUUUGGGAAAGGAGUGGCUAUUCCUGCAAUUGAAAUUAUUUAUAAAACUGCUGGAAGAGAAACUGUGGCUGGGCACAUUGCUGAGAACCUUCUCAAAGCCAAAGAAAUAGCCCUUAAUGACUCUCGUGUACCUGAACAGCUCAGGAAUUACUUACAAAAAGCUCUUGAUGUUGCUCUUGGGCUGGACCCUUACCUGGAUGCAAUGGGAGCUUCCAAGAGGCUGUGGAUUAUGGGAACACCGAGUAUUCACUCUGUUGCUGAAAUAAUAGCUGAUAGUUGUUUGACUUACACUUGCUGCCAAAUUUUAAGGAUGUUUGUCCAUAUGAUCAGAGCCAGGAAGAUUUUACUAAUUGGCAAUCCUAAAGGUUACACUAUCCCUGCUAUUGCAAAGGAAUUGCCUGACGAUGGCAAAAUCUUUGUCUGUGCAGAAGUGCCAUAUCUCGGAGUGAAGAGCCAGGAAGAAUUUGAUUAUUCCUCAGAUGGCAAAAAGAUAAACAUGCAAGUGGGACCAGUGGCAGACACCUUGAAGGCAUUACAUGCUGAGGACGAGCACUUUGAUAUGGUCUUUAUUGAUGCUGAUCAAAGGAAUGCUGUUCAGUACUACAGCUUUGUCAUGGAUAACCACUUGCUGAGCAUGGAUGCAGUGAUCUGUGUAGAGAAUACACUCAUGAAAGGACAAGUCUACCUGGAGAAUGUAUCAGAUGAAAAUGUACUAGCUGUCAGAAAAUUAAAUUCAGUGAUUAAUUCAGAUCCUCGUGUUGAGCAGGUGAUUUUGCCUGUGCAGAGUGGACUGAGCGUCAUUCGAAGGAGCCCUGUGCCUCCAGAUGCAGUGGCUGAAUCCAAGACAGAAGUGCUGAAGGAUGAUGUCUUCUGGGGCUGCCACGGGCGGCGCAUCCUGGAGCGGCUGCGCUUGGAUGGCAGGGUGGCCUUUGUCACAGGGGGAGGGCAGGGCAUUGGCAGAGCCUUUGCCCAUGCACUGGGGGAAGCUGGGGCUAAAGUAGCUGUGGUGGAUCUGGUCCUUGCCAAGGCAGAAGCGGUGGCGAGUGAGCUCAGCCUCAAAGGCAUUAAAAGCCUUGCCCUGGCAGCAGAUGUAAGCAAACCUGAGGAUGUGCAAAGGAUGGUGGAUGCAAUUGUGGCUCGCUGGGGCACAGUCCACAUUGCAUGCAACAAUGCAGGAAUCAAUCUGAACUCUGCAAGUGAAGAGACUUCCCUGGAGGAAUGGGACAAAACUUUUAAUGUUAAUUUACGAGGAUUAUUCUUGUGCUGCCAAGCUGCAGGCCGCAUUAUGCUGAAUCAAGGAUAUGGGAAGAUAAUUAACACAGCAUCUAUGGCAAGUUUAAUAGUCCCUCACCCACAGAAGCAGUUGGCGUACAACGCCUCCAAAGCCGGGGUCGUAAAAUUAACACAGACAUUGGGAACCGAGUGGAUUGACAGAGGAGUAAAAGUCAACUGCAUUUCCCCGGGCAUCGUUGACACGCCGCUGAUCUGCUCGCAGGAGCUGCGGCCGCUGGUGCGGCGCUGGCUGGCCACCAUUCCUGCUGGGAGGCUGGCCCAGCCCACUGACCUGCAGGCUGCCGUCGUCUACCUGGCCUCUGAUGCCUCGGACUACAUGACUGGCCACAACCUGGUCAUCGAAGGUGGCCAGAGCCUGUGGUGA